CAGAGCGCCCCUUUCGCCUCCCCGCCCCGCCCGUUCCUCGCCGCGCAGGCGCACUGCCGCUCGCCCGGCAACACUCCUGGGGCUCGGCUCGGCGCUGUCAUGGCGGCAGAGAGCAGCAGCAGCAACUGCUGAGGCAGACAAGCAGGCAGGAAGCGAGCAAAUGAUGGAAGAGCUCGCAGAGGCGGCUGCAGAGUGAAGCGGCUGCACAAACUUCAGGCUCCGUUCCUAGGGUGGAAGCUCCUCCCCCACUUCCUUCCUCCUCCUCCCUCGCGGGCAGGUAGUGCUAAGCUGGUGGGGGAGAGAAGCACAGGAGACACCUCUUCCCUCCACCCCGGGAAGCUCGCUGGCGUUAGAAGAACCUUCUUCCCUGCCCCCCCCCCCCGCACUCCGCCCCGCGCGCAGCAGAGGCGAGGAGCCGGGCUGGGUUAAGGAGGCCACUGUCCAGUACCUUGCACUGAGGAAGGAAAAGAAAACCCAGACUUCUUGUGCUGGGUAUACCAGACUGUAUUCAAGGUGCUUCAGAAACAGGAUCUGGCUAAAGGCUGAACUCUGUAUUUUUGGAGUGCUGGCGUCUGCUGGCAACUUGGAAGUGAACUAGCUAUGGCUAGUGAAGAUAAACAGGUUUCUUCUCAGCCAACAAGUGACGAAGGAGGAGGGGAAGGUAGUACUGGUGGAAGAAUAGAAGGGGAAGUUGUGGAAAUGGGGAGCAAGCUGCAGCCUUUGAAUCCAGGAAUCCCUAUCCGUGGCAUCAGGAUGAAAUUUGCUGUUCUGACAGGCCUGGUGGAAGUUGGUGAAGUAUCCAACAGGGAUAUUGUGGAAACUGUGUUUAAUCUGCUUGUAGGUGGUCAUUUCGAUCUGGAAAUGAAUUUUAUUAUACAAGAAGGAGAGAGUAUUACUUGCAUGGUGGACUUGUUGGAUAAGUGCGAUGUCACCUGCCAGGCUGAGGUAUGGAGCAUGUUUACAGCAAUCCUGAAGAAAAGUAUACGAAAUCUCCAAAUAUGUACAGAAGUGGGCCUUGUAGAGCAUGUGCUCCAGAGGAUUGAUAAGGCUGACAACAUGAUUGCAGAUCUCCUAGUUGAUAUGCUGGGAGUACUAGCAAGCUACAGUGUAACAGUUCGGGAGUUGAAGCUCUACUUCAGCAAGCUUCAAGGAGAUGCAGGAAAAUGGCCACCACAUGCUGGGAAGCUGUUGUCUGUAUUGAAACACAUGCCUCAGAAAUAUGGACCUGAUGCCUUCUUCAACUUUCCAGGAAAAAGUGCUGCAGCAAUUGCCUUACCUCCUAUAGCGAAAUGGCCCUACCAGAAUGGAUUUACCUUUCACACUUGGUUAAGAAUGGAUCCGGUAAAUAAUAUCAAUGUGGACAAGGAUAAGCCUUACUUAUAUUGUUUUCGAACAAGCAAAGGACUCGGUUAUUCUGCUCAUUUUGUUGGAGGCUGUUUGGUUGUGACCUCAAUUAAAUCAAAAGGAAAAGGUUUCCAGCACUGUGUGAAAUUUGAUUUCAAGCCACAAAAGUGGUACAUGGUUAGUAUAGUGCAUAUUUACAACCGCUGGAAGAACAGUGAGCUCAGAUGCUAUGUGAAUGGAGAAUUGGCAUCCUACGGAGAGAUAACUUGGUUUGUCAACACCAGUGAUACCUUUGACAAAUGUUUUCUGGGAUCUUCAGAAACAGCAGAUGCCAAUCGAGUGUUUUGUGGCCAGAUGACAGCUGUUUAUCUUUUCAGUGAGGCUCUCAAUGCAGCUCAGAUUUUUGCUAUUUAUCAGCUUGGUCUUGGAUACAAGGGAACAUUUAAAUUCAAGGGAGAAAGUGAUCUCUUUCUUGCUGACCACCACAAACUGUUACUGUAUGAUGGGAAACUAUCUAAUGCCAUUGCCUUUACGUACAACCCAAGGGCUACAGAUGCACAGCUCUGUCUAGAAUCAUCACCCAAGGAUAACCCUUCUAUCUUUGUACAUUCACCACAUGCCCUUAUGCUGCAGGAUGUGAAAGCAGUCAUAACCCAUUCUAUUCAAAGUGCAAUGCAUUCAAUUGGAGGAGUGCAGGUGCUUUUUCCUCUGUUUGCACAGCUGGACUAUAGGCAAUAUUCUUUGGAUCAACUUGACACAACUGUGUGUUCCAUUCUACUGGCUUUCAUCAUGGAGUUGCUGAAGAACUCAAUUGCUAUGCAAGAGCAAAUGCUUUCUUGUAAGGGCUUCCUUGUAAUAGGAUACAGUCUUGAAAAGUCUUCCAAAGUACACAUUAGCAGAGCUGUUCUAGAACUUUGCCUUGCCUUUGCUAAGUAUCUGAGUAAUUUGCACAAUGGUGUGCCCUUGCUGAAGCAACUGUGCGAUCAUAUUCUCCUUAACCCUGCAAUAUGGAUUCAUACUCCAGCCAAGGUUCAGUUGAUCCUGUACACUUACCUGUCUACUGAGUUCAUUGGCACAGCUAACAUAUACAAUGCAAUUCGACGUGUUGGCACAGUUCUACUGGCAAUGCACACUUUAAAGUAUUACUACUGGGUAGUGAAUCCUCAGGAUCGCAGUGGAAUUAUUCCCAAAGGUUUAGAUGGACCCCGACCAAAUCAGAAAGAAAUUAUUUCUCUACGAGCCUUUUUACUGAUAUUCGUUAAACAGUUGGUGAUGAAGGAUAAUGGAGUGAAAGAAGAUGAACUCCAGGGUAUCCUCAACUAUCUCCUUACUAUUCACGAGGAUGACAAUUUAAUGGAUGUCCUGCAGCUGCUUGUUGCUCUCAUGUCAGAGCACCCCAGUUCUAUGAUACCUGCCUUUGAUCAGAGGAAUGGAUUACGUGUUGUCUAUAAACUACUUGCGUCAAAAAGUGAAGGGAUCAGGAUACAAGCUCUAAAGGUGAUGGGCUACUUCCUAAAGCAUCUGGCACCUAAGAGGAAAGCUGAAGUCAUGCUUGGGCAUGGAUUGUUCUCCCUGCUGGCUGAAAGACUCAUGCUUCAAACAAACUUAAUUACCAUGACCACAUACAAUGUGCUAUUUGAGAUGCUUAUUGAGCAAAUUUGCACUCAAGUGUUACAUAAACAGCAUCCUGACCCUGAUUCAACAGUGAAAAUACAAAAUCCUCAGGUUCUGAAAGUCAUUGCAACCUUACUGCGAAACUCUCCGCAGUGUCAAGAAACUAUGGAAGUUCAUCGAGUCUUCCUCUCAGAUAUGAUAAAGCUUUUUAAUAACAGCAGAGAUAAUCGGAGGAGUCUGCUGCAGUGCUCUGUAUGGCAGGAAUGGAUGCUUUCCCUUUGCUAUUUUAAUCCCAAAAGCUCUGAUGAGCAGAAGAUAACUGAAAUGGUUUAUGCCAUUUUUCGGAUUUUACUUUACCAUGCAAUCAAGUAUGAAUGGGGUGGCUGGCGUGUGUGGGUAGAUACGCUAGCCAUCACACACUCAAAGGUAACUUUUGAAAUGCAUAAAGAGAGCCUUUCUAACAUGUUCAGAGAAUAUCAAGAGAAAGGAGAUGAAGAUGUUGCUGGUCCAUCAACCCUAGUUAGAAGUGUCUCAGGUACUAAUAGAGAAGCUGAAGUUUCAAGAAAGCACCAACAUCUGGCAAUAAACGAAGUUGGAACUUCUACACAUGUUGGAAAUGGUAAUAUUGCUGACUGCACUCCAAAGUCUGAAUACAGGCCACCUGAUUGUGAAGAACAAACAAAUCCAGAAGUUAAUGAAGAAAAGAGUAUAGAAAGAGAGGAGAGUCAGAGAACCCCUGAUCUAAAUAAGGAACCUUGCUUGGAACUUUCUCUACAGACUGAAACUAUGAAGCAAAGUUCAGAAGCCACUUCUGAAAUAACUAGAGCAAUGCAUGGGGAAGAAAUAAUAGCUGCCACUGAUGCAAAAUCUCCCACACAAAAUGGAAAUGGGGAGACACUGGAAAGCCCGGAGAUACUAGAAAGGUUGUCAACAGAAGUGGAAGAGGAGGAGGAGGAUUUUGUUGAUUUAAAAGAAGAGAGCAAUCUGCCUUUUAUCUCGGAUGAAUCUACCCCUGCUCCUAGUGAAGAACACGCAUUGUCUGAAAGCCAAGUAACAUUAGCAAUACAUCAGGAUACUGUUACAUUGAAGGAAUCUGGUUCAGAAGCCUUAGAAUCCAAAGGCACUGAGACACUGGAAACAGAACAAGAGCCUGCUUCUUCACCAGAAACCAGUGCUUCUGAAAUUAAGGAAUUAGUGACUCAACCAAAUUCAAAUGUAGAGAAGGUGAAUCAAGAAUAUAUUGAUCAGUCUCAAACCAAAACAACUGUAGAAGAAGUGCAGCCACACACUUCAGAAACAUUGAUAGCUUCAGAAAAGAAAAUUGCCAAACUUGAUGUUUCCAGUGUUGCAUCGGAUACUGAACGAUUGGAGCUGAAGUCCAGUACAAGUCUGGAAGUAAAUCAGCCUCUUAGGUCCAUUCCUGAGAUGUCAAGGCAACAAGAUCCAUCAGGCCAAGGAGUUGGAGCUGGUUCAAAUGGACAGAGGAGGUCUACUAUGUUCCGUAUUCCUGAGUUUAGAUGGUCACAAAUGCACCAACGCUUACUUACAGACUUGCUCUUUUCAAUAGAAACAGAUGUACAAAUGUGGAGAAGUCAUUCUAUGAAGACAGUGAUGGACUUCGUGAAUAGCAGUGACAAUGUCAUAUUCGUACAUAACACAAUUCAUCUCAUCUCUCAAGUGAUGGAUAAUAUGAUUAUGGCUUGUGGUGGCAUAUUACCUCUGCUUUCUGCUGCUACAUCUGCUACACAUGAAUUGGAAAAUAUUGAACCGACUCAAGGACUGUCAAUAGAAACUUCAGUAGCUUUCCUCCAAAGAUUAAUCAGCCUUGUGGAUGUACUAAUAUUUGCAAGUUCUCUUGGUUUUACUGAAAUUGAGGCUGAGAAAAAUAUGUCAUCUGGUGGAAUUUUACGACAGUGUCUUCGACUUGUGUGUGCAGUGGCAGUACGAAAUUGUUUGGAGUGUCAGCAACAGCAUGCACUAAUGAAUCCUAGUGGAGAAAAUGUCAAGUGUCAGAAAACAGGACAGAGCCUGAUAGUAGCAGGAAGAUCUGGAGCAAAGAGCCCAGUUGAUAUUGUCACUGGAGGGAUUUCUCCAAUACGAGAUAUUGACAAACUUCUCCAGGAUAUGGAUAUAAACCGUCUACGUGCUGUGGUAUUCAGAGACAUAGAGGAUAGCAAGCAGGCUCAGUUCUUGGCCUUGGCAGUAGUAUAUUUUAUCUCCGUGCUCAUGGUAUCAAAAUAUAGAGAUAUUCUGGAACCACAGAAUGAAAGGAGGCGGCCUCAGUCGGUUCAGUCACGCAAAGCAGCAACAGAUGUAGAAAGCCCACCUGCCACUGUCAUCACUUCAAUUUCUGUGUCUGCUGAGGAGUCAGAAAGUGCAGCAUCCAUGCAAAGAAGAGAUUCGGGCAUUGAGGAAGAAGUACAAUCUGGAUUAGGACCCAGUUCAGAGGCUGCUACAGAAGCAGAAGUACAGAUUGUUAGUGCAGGCCCAGACGCAAUCAGUGAAGUACUGUCCACGCUUUCUUCAGAAGUCGUCAAAUCUCAGGAAAGCAGAAGUGAGGCCCAGAGUGAGGCCGAUAGUAAAACUGAAUCCUCUGUGCCAGCGUCAAAAAAUGUCAAUGUAAAAGAUAUUCUGAGAAGCUUAGUCAGUGCCCCUGCAGAUGGGACAACAGUGGAUCCUACUGUUCUUCCUCCAGCCUUUCUUGGAGUCCUUGGGGAUAGUGCUGCUGAGCCGCCUGUACAGUUUCAGUCCUUUGACAGGAGUGUAGUUGUGGCACCGAAGAAAUCAGUGGCAGCUUCUACAGCUACUAUUAAUGUGCCCACGAAUGCUGUCAGUGUGGUUUCUUCUUUGGAUUCAUCUCAAGCCCCAGAUGUAAUGGGAGGAUCUCCUGGCAGUGGAUCAUCGAAUUCAAGAUUACCAUCUGUUCCUACAGUUUCUAGUGUUCCUGAGGAUUCUGCUUCAAACAUGAGUAUUACAGAAAGACUAGAACAUGCUUUGGAAAAGGCUGCCCCUCUUCUGAGGGAGAUAUUUGUGGAUUUUGCUCCUUUUCUAUCUCGUACUCUUUUGGGUAGCCAUGGGCAAGAGCUACUGAUAGAAGGUACAAGUCUUGUGUGCAUGAAAUCUAGUAGUUCUGUUGUGGAGUUGGUCAUGCUACUUUGUUCUCAGGAAUGGCAGAACUCAAUACAGAAGAAUGCAGGCCUAGCUUUCAUUGAACUUGUCAACGAAGGAAGAUUGCUGAGCCAAACAAUGAAAGAUCAUCUAGUGAGAGUAGCAAAUGAAGCAGAAUUUAUCUUGAGUAGACAGAGAGCUGAAGAUAUUCACAGACAUGCUGAAUUUGAGUCAAUGUGUGCCCAGUACUCUUCAGAUAAACGUGAGGAUGAGAAGAUGUGUGAUCAUUUGAUAAGGGCAGCGAAGUACCGAGAUAAUGUCACAGCAACUCAGCUGAUACAGAAAAUCAUCAACAUUCUGACGGACAAACAUGGAGCCUGGGGUAAUUCUGCACCAAGUCGUCCUCGUGAGUUCUGGCGCCUUGACUACUGGGAAGAUGACUUGAGGCGCCGGCGACGAUUUGUGCGUAACCCCCUUGGAUCGACACAUCCUGAAGCAACGUUAAAAGCAGCCAUAGAGCAUGCUCCAGAUGAAGAUGUACUUGUUAAAGGAAAGCAGUCCAUCAAGAGUCAGGCUUUAGGAAAUCAGAACUCGGAGAGUGAGAUUCUCCUGGAAGGCGACGAUGAUACCUUGUCAUCUAUUGAGGAGAAGGAACUGGAGAACUUAACUGGUCCUGUUAGUCUGUCUACACCAGCUCAGCUUGUGGCCCCCUGCGUAGUAGUGAAGGGCACACUUUCCAUCACCGCCUCUGAACUGUAUUUUGAGGUGGAUGAAGAAGAACCCAGUUUUAAGAAAAUUGACUCUAAGGUCCUUGCUUAUACAGAGGGACUGCAUGGAAAAUGGUUGUUCUCAGACAUUCGAUCAGUCUUUUCUCGACGAUAUCUCUUGCAAAACACAGCACUGGAAAUCUUUAUGGCAAACAGAGUUGCUGUCAUGUUCAACUUUCCAGACCCUGCAACAGUAAAAAAAGUGGUAAAUUGUCUACCUCGUGUUGGAAUUGGCACUUGUUUUGGGCUGCCCCAAACCAGACGCAUUUCGAUGGCUAGUCCACGUCAGAUUUUUAAAGCAUCAAAUAUGACCCAGAGAUGGCAACACAGAGAAAUUUCAAACUUUGAGUAUCUCAUAUUUCUAAACACUAUAGCAGGACGUACUUUCAACGACUUAAACCAGUACCCAGUAUUUCCAUGGGUUAUCACUAACUAUGAAUCCGAAGAAUUGGAUCUUACCCUUCCAAGCAACUUCAGAGAUUUGUCAAAGCCUAUUGGUGCUCUUAAUCCAAAGAGAGGUGCAUUCUUCGCAGAACGCUAUGAAUCAUGGGAAGACGACCAGGUUCCAAAGUUUCAUUAUGGAACUCAUUAUUCAACAGCAAGUUUUACACUUACUUGGUUAUUAAGAAUUGAACCCUUUACAACAUUUUUCCUAAACUUGCAAGGGGGCAAGUUUGAUCAUGCAGAUAGAACUUUUUCAUCAAUUUCAAGGGCAUGGCGCAAUUGUCAGCGUGACACAUCUGAUAUCAAGGAGCUUGUUCCUGAAUUUUAUUAUCUCCCUGAGAUGUUUGUCAAUUUGAAUAAUUACAAUCUUGGAGUGAUGGAUGAUGGAACAGUGGUAUCUGAUGUUGAACUUCCACCGUGGGCCAAAACCCCAGAAGAAUUUGUUCGCAUAAACAGAUUGGCCUUGGAGAGUGAGUUUGUUUCCUGCCAGCUCCACCAGUGGAUUGAUCUGAUUUUUGGCUACAAGCAGCAAGGGCCUGAGGCUGUCAGAUCCCUAAAUGUAUUCUACUAUUUGACCUAUGAAGGAGCUGUCAAUCUCAAUUCUAUAACAGAUCCAGUACUGAGAGAGGCUGUUGAAGCUCAAAUCCGAAGCUUUGGACAGACUCCUUCCCAACUGCUCAUAGAGCCACAUCCUCCAAGAAGCUCUGCCAUGCAGGUGUAUCUCCUCCUGCAGAGUCCAUUGAUGUUCACAGACCAAGCUCAGCAGGAUGUCAUCAUGGUCCUAAAAUUUCCAUCCAAUUCCCGUGUAACACAUGUAGCAGCUAAUACCCAGCCUGGUUUGGCAAAUCCUGCUGUUAUCACAGUCACCGCCAACCGAUUGUUUGCUGUGAAUAAAUGGCACAACCUUCCUGCUCAUCAAGGUGCUGUACAGGACCAGCCAUACCAGCUGCCAGUGGAAAUCGAUCCUCUCAUAGCCAGCAAUACGGGUAUGCACAGGAGGCAAAUCACUGACCUUCUAGACCAAAGCAUUCAGGUCCAUUCCCAGUGUUUUGUCAUUACAUCUGAUAAUCGCCACAUCCUGGUUUGUGGUUUUUGGGACAAAAGUUUUCGAGUGUACUCUACUGAUACUGGGAAAUUGAUACAAGUGGUGUUUGGACACUGGGAUGUUGUUACCUGCCUCGCCCGCUCUGAAUCUUACAUUGGAGGAAAUUGUUACAUUCUCUCAGGAUCACGUGAUGCAACACUGCUGCUGUGGUACUGGAAUGGCAAAACAAAUUGCAUUGGUGACAGUCCAAGUGGUGAAUCUGCCACUCCACGAGCUAUUUUGACAGGACAUGACUAUGAAAUUACCUGUGCUGCAAUUUGUGCUGAACUUGGCCUGGUUAUAAGUGGUUCUAAAGAAGGACCAUGCCUCAUACAUUCUAUGAAUGGAGAUCUACUGAGGACUUUAGAAGCACCUGAAAACUGCUUGAAAGCAAAACUUAUUCAGGCAUCAAGAGAGGGUCACUGUGUCAUAUACUAUGACAAUGGUCAUUUCUGUGUAUUCAGUGUGAAUGGAAAACUGCAGGCUACUAUGGACACUGAUGACAAUAUAAGGGCAAUUCAGCUGAGCCGUGAUGGACAAUACCUCCUUACAGGAGGUGAUAAUGGGGUGGUUAUGGUGUGGCAGGUGUGUGACUUCAAGCAGCUUUUUGCCUAUCCUGGCUGUGAUGCUGGAAUCCGAUCCAUGGCUCUUUCUUAUGACCAAAGGUGUAUCAUGACAGGCAUGGCUUCUGGCAGCAUAGUGCUUUUCUACAAUGACUUCAACAGGUGGCAUCAUGAAUACCAAACCAGAUACUGAUGUUGUAAUUGAUCAAGCUGGCACAUGCAGCUGCUUUCAGGAGGAGACUUGAAGCAUGGAAGCAGGCUUCUCUUUGGUAUCUUGCCAGAGUUCUUCUAAAUAGUUAAUAUAACAUCUGAAUGUAUCGUAAAAUUACUGGGAGAAACUAUUUUUUAAGGUUAAUUGCUAUUUUUGUAGACCUUGCUUGGGGUAAGGGACAAGAAGCAGAAAAUGGCUGCUGGGGUCUGUAGCUUAAAAAGAAAAUCUAUAUUUUUAGUCAUAGUAAGUCUAUUUUGAUCCAUGUAUGGGGAGAGACCUUAAUAAGAUGGCUAAAAUUCUUGUAUUAGCUAUUAUGAAAACAUGUUUCUCAUGUAAAUCUUUAUAAUACUGAGGAAUAUUUGAUUUUAACAAUGGAAGUUGGUUGUAAUACCGGGGUUUUAAACUGGGCUUGCCCAUACUGCAUUUUGUCUUGUAACUUUUCAAUGAUUGUACUUCUUCAGCACUGAAUUUUCUGGGAAUCAAGAAUAUUUAAAAUAUAUAUGUAAUUUUGUUUCCAUCAGUGUAAUGAUCAAGCAUGCUUCUAAGUCUAGAUAUCAGUUCCAUGUUUUUUUUUUUUAGUUUUUAGUUUCAUUGUGCAGUUAAGAGGAAAUCAGCAAGUUUAUAUUGCGUGAAUCUGUUUCUUUUCCUGUCCUCUCCUUCAGCGCAUACCAAAAUGUGCAUUGUUCCUCAAAACAAAUCUUCCUUUUGAAUGUUUCCUUCCAUUAUCAAUGUCCAUCGUUUGUUUUCUUAAUCAAUCAUGUGCUGCUUAAAGCACACUUCUGCUGCUUGCCUAAGAACAUCAGGCUAAAGGCAGAUUAUCACAACUCUCUGCCUGCUAUAGAGGCAAUAGUUUUAUUUCUACUAUAACAUGGCAUGUAAAAGCCAUGUAGCACAAGCCAUACCCAGUACAAUUUUUGAAAAUGAGGCAUAUUUUCAUCUUUUUUGUCCAAUCAUGUUGACAGUAUAUAGAAUAUCCCCUCUUCUUCCUCUUAGAAAAUAAAAAUUUAUACUAAAGAACAAUGUUAUUUCGGUGUUGCAUAAAUUCUACUUUUUCUACAAGAUUGCUGUGCAGAAUUCUGUGAAAAUAUUUGUGAAAAAAAUUGUAUUGUUUUGUAGGUCUGUAUUGCAUAAAUAACUACUUUGUAUGUUGUGCUUUAUCCAGAUUUGAAACUUGCUUUCCAUAUCUAUAUUGGUAUAUAAUUUCCCCCAGAUGCUUACUAGAGGCAGUUCCCAUUUUUUUUCUAGCACUCAACUAUUCUCUCUACAUGAAGAUCUGAAUGGGGAAGACUUAGUUUGAGAAAAUUAAAUAAAAGGAAUUUGUAAUUUAA